UCACAUCAUUAAUUCAUCAUUCAAAAAAACUUAAAAACUUGUCUACUUUGCAACAUUUUCUUUGCAAAAAUGGCCAUAAAAAUCAUCUUAAUUUGCUUGAUUUUCAACUUAUUCUGUUCUUGUUUGGCAUUUGAAUGUGGCCCUUUGCAAGACUUUUGUGUUCCAGAUAAUUUAGCUAUGCUAAAUGGUUUCAUAUGCAAGAAUCCAAUGCUAGCAGAAGCCAAUGAUUUUCACUAUAGUGGUUUGGAUGAACCUAAAAACAGAACCACACAAUCUGGUGUAAUUGUGACUCCUGUCAGUGUAGCUCAAGUACCAGGACUCAACACACUUGGCAUUUCAAUGGCUCGAGUGGACUAUGCACCGGGCGCAGUUAACCCUCCACACUUUCACCCUCGAGCCAGUGAAAUGCUCGUACUCAUUGAGGGCUCGUUACAUGUUGGAUUCGUCACCUCAAACCCUGAGAAUCGCUUGAUCCAACGAGUCAUACAGACUGGGGAUGUGUUUGUUUUCCCCUUAGGACUCAUGCACUUUCAGAGAAAUGUUGGAAAUGGAAACGCCGUCGCACUUCUUGCAUUGAACAGUCAGAGUCCAGGCAUAACAACCAUUAGAGAUGCUGAGCAAAACCUACCAGAAGAACUUAUACCAAGGCAUUAUACAUAGAUGAAUGUGUGUUGUUGACAAGAUUUAUCAUUCAAUUAGUGUAAUAAGCUACUAGUGUUAUCAUUAUGUUACAAGUACUAGUAGUAUGACAUUGGUUAACAAUUCUUUUUGUUGUUGUGUUCCUGUGAAAGUUGCCUUCACUAAAAGUUUUGACCAAAUACUAUUAGAUUUUGUCAAUGUAGUCUACAAAUUGUAAGUGGUGAAGUUGCUGCUAUCUGAUAUAAAGGUCACGAAUUCAAGCCUUGGAGAUAUCCUCUAGCAGAAAUGCAAGGUAAGAUUGUGUACAAUACAUCCUUGUGGUCAGAGGUGGAGCUAGAGGGUAUGUAGGGGUUUGGCUGAACCCAGUAGCUUUUACGCAGACUCUGUAUUUAUCCUAUAAAAUUCAGAAAUAAUAUAAAAAAAAUAUAGCUGCGAACUCACGUACAAACAUAGGACGCUGGUACAGCGGAGGAGAGGUGAGAGUAAAAUGUCUUCCACCACAAAGACGUGGGUUCGAACCUCUUUGUCUUAAAAUUCUGAACCCACCGACCUAAAAUCCUGGCUUCGCCUCUGCUUCUGGUAGGGCUCUUCCCCGAACCCUGCGCAUAGCGGGAGUUUUAGUGCACCGGACUGCCCUUUUAGUCUACAAAUUGUAUUGAGUGGAUGAACAAAAUUUUUUCUUAAUAAGUUCUUUUGUGUCAGUCUAUCGGAAACAGUCUCGCUACUUCAUUUGAGAUAGUGAUAUUGACUGCGUACACUUUACUCUCGCCAGACCCCAGUUUGUGGAAAUAUACUGAGAAUGUUGUUGUUGUUAUUGUUUGUAAUUAAGUUUUUUUUGUGUCUUGGAUUGAUGAAUGAUGAUCAAGAAGGAUGGGAUGGGAACUUCAUUAAGAAUUGGCACUAAUUAACAGCUAGCGGAUUCAGAAUUUAGACAUUGUAAGUUCUAAACGUAUAUCUAACUUUAUAUAUUUAUUUUUAGCACGUAUAUAUAAAGUUUGAUCCAAAGCACUGGAUUUGCCGAACCCGAGAGGCCUUGGUUGGAUCCAUCACUGCUCCCUAACAAAGGCAAUUUUAUACUCAAUGCGCGAACCCAAAACCUUCAAUUAAUAAGGAUGAAGACAUACUCACGACUCCAGUACGAGAUACCUAAUCAUUGUGCUCGCCCCACUUUCUUUUGGAGGAGGGACUUCGCAUCACACUCCUCGAAGAAAGCAACUUUUUUAUAUUCAGGACUCAAAUACGAAAUUUUUAACAAAUAUAACUUAAAAAACAGAUUGUACAACAUUGCUCCUAUGUUUACAUAUAAGAACAAUCCAAACAUACAAGAUGACAAAUUUCUGACAUUUGGCAUAUUCUUAUUCGGAAAAUUUUAUGGUGGAAGAGGCACAAAUAUGACUUGGCGUAAGAGGGUAAUUAUUUUACAAGCAAAAAAGAAGAUGUGGGCCCACUCCCAUGGCCUCUCUCUCUCGUUUUUCUUUCCUCUCUCCAAUGUUAGUCCGAUUUUCCUUUUUUAGGGGUCGGUUGGUAGAGUGUAUAAGAUCGAUGUAAAAUAUAGUGUAUUAGUAAUACUUGUAUUAAUAAUGUUUGUAUUAUUUAUGCUUGUAUUAGUUAUGCG